CUAGAUUUAAAUGUACUUUACAAUAACGACGAAGACUUCUAUCUUCUUAGCCUAUUACAAAAACGCUUAUCACCAGAACAAUCACCGCACAUUGUUUCGUUGGCUCGCUUGUUAUCCCAGUGGCAAGCCUGCUGUGAGAACCACCAUGAGCUUCCCUCCGAGAUGAAGCAGUCAAAGUGACUGUCAGUCAAUAUAUCUCAGAUCCAGCGUCUUCCUCCAAGAAGGAGCGGUGAGGAAGGAGCGAUGAGGAAGGCUCGGAGGUUCUCCCUGUGGUGGUGAGGUGUUGCUCGCCCAUUGCUCAGGGCUGUUUGUGUGUCUCCUACACUGUGUGUGUGUGUGUGUGUGUGUGUGUGUGUGUGUGUGUGUGUGUGUGUGUGUGUGUGUGUGUGUGUGUGUGAGAGAGAGCGAGAGGUAGAGAGGGAGAGAGGGAGAGAGGGAGAGAGAGAGGGAGAGAGGGAGAGAGGGGGAGGGGAGGAAGGGAGGCUGGCAACCGGUUGUGAAACAGCGACAGCUCGCAGGCUCCGGCGGCCAGGUGCACUGAGGAGCAGCGGGGAGGCUGAGAGAGCGUCUUCUUCUUUAUCCCUCGACCAUGGACAGGAUGCAUCCGUCAUCCCUGUGAACUCUAGCCCUGGGGUCGCGAACCCAGGCCCCUCCUACCUGCUCCCCCCCCCCCCCCCCCCCCCCAUUACCUCCUCACACCUAGUGACCCCCCCCCGAACUCUGCCUACAUCAGCCUGACCCCAGCCCUUCUACAGCGCCAGUGUUUGGGUCCCGAGAGAUACCGGUCCGCUAGACUCUGGUCUCUCUGAGGGGGAGGAGCUAGAGGACGAACCCAACGCACCCCUCGCGCUGUCCCUGUGGUGCCGCUUGAGGGUCCAGCGGCCAAUCAGCUCGCAGCUGUGUGAGCUAGUACCUGCAGCUGCAGCCAAUCACGGGGCAGCAGUAAACACACCCGAGUUAUUCGGCUAGCCUGGGCCACACCUACACCCACCACCAGCACCACCCCUACACCCAGUACCACCACCCCUUAUACCCACCACCACCACCCCUAGACCCAGCACCAGCACCACCCCUACACCCAGCACCACCACCGUCACCACCACCCUUCCGGCCUCAAGAUGAUGUGCGAGGUGAUGCCGACCAUCUCGGAGGACGGGCGCGGCGGGGGCGGCUCCCCGUCCUCGGCGGGCAGCGGCGGCAGCGGCGCCGGCGGGCAGAUCGGGGGCGUGGCCGGGGGCUACGGCGGCCGGGAGUCGCGGGGGGGGGGCAGUGACGAGGGCGGCAGCACGGGCAACCUGGAGUCGCUGAUGGUCAACAUGCUGACGGAGCGCGAGCGGCUGCUGGAGAGCCUGCGGGACACCCAGGACUGCCUGGGCACCGCGCACCUGAGGCUCCGCGAGCUGGGCCACGAGAAGGAGACCCUGCAGAGACAGCUGUCCAUCGCCCUGCCCCAGGAGUUUGCGGUGCUGACCAAAGAGCUGAACGUGUGCCGGGAGCAGCUGCUCGAGAGAGAGGAGGAGAUCUCCGAGCUGAAGGCGGAGAGGAACAACACACGACUGCUGCUGGAGCACCUGGAGUGCCUGGUGUCGCGUCACGAGCGCAGCCUGCGCAUGACGGUGGUGAAGCGGCAGGCCCAGUCGCCGGCGGGCGUCUCCAGCGAGGUGGAGGUGCUCAAGGCCCUCAAGUCGCUGUUCGAGCACCACAAGGCCCUGGACGAGAAGGUCCGCGAGAGGCUGCGCGUGGCGCUGGAGAGGGUGUCCACCCUGGAGGAGGAGCUGCAGACCUCCUCGCAGGAGGUGCUGUCUUUAAGGGACCAAAUAAAAAGACGAACGCACGGAAUAGAAAACGGCAAAGAGCGUCUCCCGAACGGGCCGACCUCCCUAUUGGACGAGGGCGAGGCGGACCGGCAGAGGGAGAGCGAGAUCGAGCGCCAGCGGUCGGAGCUGGGCCAGCUGAAGGAGCGGCUAGCCCUCAUGUGCAGACAGGUGGGGGAGAUCGAGGAGCAGCUGACCUCGGCCCGGAGGGAGCUGACCCGAUCAGAGGAAGCCAACCUGAAGCUCCAGAGAGACGUCAAAGAGGCUCUGUGCCAACGAGAAGACAUGGAGGAGAGGAUCACCACCUUAGAACGCAGGUACCUGAGUGCCCAGCGGGAGGCGACGUCUCUCCACGACAUAAAGGACAAGCUGGAGAACGAGCUGGCCAGCAAGGACUCCCUCUACAGACAGAGCGAGGAGAAGAACCGGGGGCUCCAGGAGCGGCUGGACGACGCCAAGCAGAAGCUGCAGCAGACCCUCCAGAGAGCCGAAACCCUCCCCGAGAUCGAGGCGCAGCUCGCCCAGCGGGUGGCUGCGCUCAACAAGGCAGAGGAGCGCCAUGGGAACUUUGAGGAGCGACUCCGACAGAUGGAGGCGCAACUGGAGGAGAAGAACCAGGAGCUGCAGAGAGCGCGGCAGAGGGAGCGGAUGAACGACGAGCACAACAAGCGUCUGUCCGACACGGUGGACAAGCUUCUGUCCGAAUCCAACGAGCGGCUGCAGCUCCACCUCAAGGAGAGGAUGGCCGCGCUGGAGGACAAGAAUGCUCUGUCAGAAGAACUGUCCAACAUGAAGAAGCUGCAGGACGACCUGCUGGCCAACAAGGACCAGUUGAUAGCAGAGCUGGAGAGGAUCCAGCUGGAACUGGACCAGCUGAGGGCCCGGCCCGGGGGUUCCUACUCCAGCCGCUCCCUCCCGGGCAGCGCCCUGGAGCUGAGGUUCGCCCACGGCGGGGGCUCUCUCCCGGUGGGCUUCACCACGCACAUGGAUCACUACGGCAACGUCCCCGGCGGCGCGGUGCGGAGGAGCCACCGGGCGCGCUGGAGCUCCGCCCGCGAGGACUCCACCAAGUACGCGGACUGGGACGGCGGGGCGCUGAUGGCGUCCGGGUUCGACCCGGGCCUGGAGGUGGCGUGCUCGGACGACGACGACGACGACCGCGACAACCUGUUCGGCUCGGAGCUGCUGUCGCCCAGCGGACAGACGGACGUGCAGACACUGGCCAUCAUGCUGCAGGAGCAGCUGGAGGCUAUCAACAAGGAGAUCAAGCUGAUCCAGGAGGAGAAGGAGAACACGGAGAUUCGGGCGGAGGAGAUCGAGAGCCGGGUGGUUGCCAUGGAUGACCCCCUCAUGCCCCCCUCCUCUCUGGGGAGGGACAGCACCGGGCGGAGCUACAUCCCCUCCUCCAUCACCUCCUCCACCCUGGCCUCCCCCUCACCCCCCAGCUCCGGCCACACCACCCCCCACCUGCCCCACUCCCCCGCCCGGGAGAACGACCGACAGAACCAGGGCGAUGAGCGCUCCCUGGCCCUGCUGGACUCCACCCCUCCCGCCACGCCCCGGGCCCUCCGAUUGGACAGGAUGACCCUCACCCACCCGGGGGCCCUGCUCGACGACCCCCGCGAGUUCCGCAGCAUUAAGUCAUUUAUGUGGAAAAAUACGAGUUAA